GGGACUAAACAUCAGACAGAAACCUUUAAAAGUGAUUUGGUCUUAGGGAGGAAGGAAAGAAGACAGGUUCAGAACGUAGGGGUGUGACUGAGGUUCAGGUUUAGGCUUUGAGUCUGACGAGAGAUAGAGCAUCGACUGCCAUGGACUAUGUUCAGCCCUCUAGAUCAGCCGGCACGACGAUGGACGCUGAGGACUGCAGCAGCCGUGCCUGCGCGUCCGGCAGUGGUGAUUCAUCCGCGGAGAGAGACUUCCCUGCGGGAUUAGGCGUGCUAACCGCGGGGACCCCUGACAGCCAGCAGACAUCUCCCAGCCGCUCCCUCAGCGCAAACUCCAUCAAGGUGGAGCAGUACAGCGACGACGAGUUGGGCCGCCCGGCGCGUACGGCGAGGCCCGGUGACCGGGACGAGGCCUGGAAGGAUGAGCGCGCCAGUCGGACGGACGACGGGGGCCCUGAGCCGGCUGCGGGGGCAGGCUGUGCUUACGGGGAGCUGGCCAGUCCAGAGCCAGCCUCUCUGGGCGCCAUCCGCCUGCCCAACGGCAAGCUGAAGUGCGACAUCUGCGGCAUGAUCUGCAUCGGGCCCAACGUGCUUAUGGUGCACAAGAGGAGCCACACAGGUGAGCGGCCCUUCCAGUGCAACCAGUGCGGUGCCUCCUUCACCCAGAAGGGCAACUUGCUGCGGCACAUCAAGCUGCACUCUGGUGAGAAGCCCUUCAAAUGUCCCUUCUGCAGCUAUGCGUGCCGACGGCGGGAUGCCCUGACGGGACACCUCCGCACACACUCCGUAUCCUCUCCAGUGGUGGGGAAGCCCUACAAGUGCAGUUACUGCGGCCGCAGCUACAAGCAGCAGAGCACACUGGAGGAGCACCGGGAACGCUGCCACAGCUACCUGCAGAGCCUGGAGGCCCAGGCCACGCACAGCACCCACGUGCAGGGUGACGACUUGCACGACGUGGAAUCCAUGCCUGACUCCUUGGUCCAGCCAUCCUCCGACAAGAUGUCCUUCAUUGACCGGCUGGCAAACAGCAUCACCAAACGCAAGAGGUCAACACCCCAGAAGUUUGUAGGUGAAAAGCACCUCCGCCUCACCCUGGCUGAUGCGCCGUAUGAGCUCAACGCAGGCUUUGACAGAGAAGGUGACAUACUCGGCACUCAGCACGUGGGCUCAGAGCCGGGAGGCUUCCCGGGGGUGGGAGGAGGCUACCUCGGGGGGCCAGCAGGCGGGGCCGGAGGCCCGGACUCCUUUCGGCUCCUUCGGCUGCCAACCCCCCACUCCACCUGUCUGUCCGAGCUCACCCCAGUCAUCAGCUCCGUCUACACCCAGAUCGGGUCACGACUAGAUGGCACGGGGGGCGGGGUCACCGGCCAGGAGGGGGUCGAGGGCCAUGAGGACCAGGUCCCCGCGCGGAGCCGAGCCCCCUCGCCCAGCAAUGGCUGCCAUGACUCCACGGACACGGAGAGCACUCCAGAGGAGCAGGCUGUCGCCACCACCACCCCAAGUCACAACUCCAACCACCACACCGGCCUGCCGCCGUCCCGCAGCCAGGAGAGGGAGCGGGAGAGACAGAGCCCCAGCAAGGCCAAGGAGAGGGACAGCGAGCGGGAGCGCCUGAGUUCCCUGCGGGUGAUCGACAAGGACGGAGACCCCGUGCGCUCCUUCCGCUGCGAUCACUGCCGCGUCCUCUUCCUGGACCACGUCAUGUUCACCAUCCACAUGGGCUGCCAUGGCUUCCGACAGCCAUUUGAGUGCAACAUCUGCGGCCACCGCAGUCAGGACCGCUACGAGUUCUCCUCGCACAUCGUCCGUGGGGAGCACACGGUGGGCUGAGGGCGGCAGGGGGCCGGGGUGGGGGGUUAGGGUGGCGGGCUGGGGAGGGGCGCUUCUACCGUGGUCGUGUUUGUGACGCUUGUCUUUGAGACGUGGGCAAGUUGGGUUUGGUCUGCACCGGGCCGUUAUUUCUGCAGAACCGUUACAUGGAACGCGGGGGAGCCAGGAUGAAGGGACGGGGCACCCCCUGAGAGAUUUAGCGGGCAGAACAGCACUGUUCUGCCCCGGAAGUGCCUUUCCCCGGUGCUGUUUACCUUGGGUGGGAGCCGCAGAAACACACGAUCAGCCCGAAGACAGAGGUUGUGAGAUGCACACAGGUUUAACAUUUAAAUGUCAUAGUAAGUUGGGCCAUGAAUGUCAGCCUUUGUCAUCUUUUCUGUCUGUUCGCCGUGUGACCAGGAUGAGAGCGGCAGGGCCCAGAUUAGGGGAGGUACGGCUUAUUUUCCUCUCUGCUACCUUUUGCGCGGUAGAAAGCGACUUUAAAAAAGGAACUGGAAAGUAUUGUUCAUAUAAGAUUUCUCAGAGAAACGACUUGUUUGGUUUUACACUGCUAGACUUGUAAUACAAGUUUAGUUGGGGGUAUUUAUUUAUAAACAGAGUAAUGAUAUUUUUAUCCAAUGAAAUGUAGUUUUUUAAAAUGUUUAGGCUGGAUGGAGAAACUUGAAUGAAGCCUGAUGAUGUUACUGGCGAGGAUCUAGGCUGGGGGGUCGUGUCAAAGCCACAUGUGAGCAGAAAUCAAACACACACGUUGCCUUAAUAGAAGCUAUUUACUCUGCAGAAAAUCACAGUGACUGAAAUAGUCUUGCAUCUCAAGACAACUUCAAAUAUCGAAAGUCAGUCUGUAGAAUAUUUUACAUUAGCUGCUUAUUUCCACAUGCACCAAAAAAGACAAUAAACCAAAACUAUAUACACUAUAUAUUUUUUCCAACUUUCCAAAAACCUUAAUCCAUUUCAUCUGUGGCUUAGUACCGGAGAUCUACCUUUUUCAUUUGUGUUUUUCUCCAAUGCACCAAAAGAAAAAAGAUUAAGCCAAAAUGACUGCUUUUGAGAAAUGGACAGACAGGCUUUGAUCAAACUCAUUUCCCCCAUACAGAUAUUCAGGCCAGCUUGGUGACUGCUGACAGCCACAUUGUCCAGUAGAGUAGAGUUUGCACAGUAAGUUCUACCAACCAAGCUGGGCCAUUCGGGCUUCAUCCACUGCAGGGGAAAGUGGAGUAAAACGGGACGAAUAUUUCUGAGAAUUUCCUGACGUGUUGGUGCAGAUCAGACAGACAGACCCAUCUCAAGUGACUUUGGUGGGAAGAGGUGUGUGUGUGGGGGGGGGAUCACUAAUGCGAAGUAUUGCACUUUCUGAAUCAAGUGUUUAUGUGUGUGUGCGCGCGUUUGUGUGAGAGAGUGAAUGUGUACGCACCCUACUUUCUUAACAGGGAGUGUAGAAUUAUGUGUGUGUUAAGUGCCGCGGUGGGUGAGUCUUUAUAAAAUCUAUCGUUCCUGCUUCACAGGUAUCUGUUGUAAUUUUUUAAAUAUCAAUAUGUUGUAAUGGGGAUGAACAAUUUACUGACAAAUAGUGUUGCUUUUAAAGAGAUCUUAAAAUUUCAGUGGCAGUCGCUGCCUCGCGGCGAGGAGGCAGACUCUCAAUCUCGGUGGCAGUCGCUGCCUCGCAGCAAGGAGGCAGACUCUCAAUCUCGGUGGCAGUCGCUGCCUCGCAGCAAGGAGGCAGACUCUCAGUACCUUUGAGUGGUUACCUUUUUCAGACAAGCCUUCUGAUGAUCAGCUCCUAUGCUCUGAGGAGCAAAAGACAAAACAAACUGAUGUUUCCAGCCCCCCUCCCCCUAUAUCAAACUGCAGUGAAUCCAGCACCCAGCACCCAGCACCAUGGGCUGGUUUCAGCAGUUUAAGUUCCUGGAGAAAAAUGUUGCACUGAUAUGUCAAUUUUCACUUGAAUCUAGUUUUUCACAUUUUAAACAAGCAGGAUAAAGACAAUGAGAUGUAAAAAUCCAAGAAAGAAUACUUCUUUAAAGGAUUCUGUAGUUUGAGAAGAUUUGUGAGUGCGUGUGUCUGAAUGUCUACCUGCUGAACCUCAGAGAGACACCAAGGUCCCUCACUGUAUGUCAGACCCCACAUUUAACCUCAGUUUUUGUAUGAUUUACACAAUCAUGAUUAUCCCCCUGAGAGGCCUAGUUCAAUCCAGCACCCCUAGGAUAUGGUCAGGUUAUCACAGGUAAACUGUUAAAUUGUCAGAUUUUCUGCCAGGUGUAUGGGAGAAGGCUAAAUGGUGAUGUGUGUGCUUGUGUAACAGUGAAUGAGGUUUGGAUGUGUGUGCUUGUGUAACAGUGAAUGAGGUUUGGAUGUGUGUGCUUGUGUAACAGUGAAUGAGGUUUGGAUGUGUGUGCUUGUGUAACAGUGAAUGAGGUUUGGAUGCGCUUUCUGUGCUUAAAUAUGUGGAUUAGGGUACGGGAUAAAGACUAGCAAGGACACCCAGCUUCAUUUUGGCUGUUAAAGCUCUUCUCUCUUUAUCCAAUCAGUGAUGUUGUGGUUUUUCUGUAUUUGUAUCUAAUUUUUUAUCUGCUCGAAGGAAAACAAACCGUCUUAAAGUUAAUGAGCUGUGAAUUAAGCCUGAAAGGUGGAGGACAGCGGAAGCGGGAGUCUUUCCGUGCCGCGUGGACUUCCAGGUUUCAUGUUUUAGAUGAGAGCACUGUUUACCUCAAAUGGGAAAACCCUCUCGUCGUGUGUGGGAAGGGUGUGGGGGCUGUUUCAGUCUUAGGGGACACUGACUCCCUGGAAGGAAGUGGAGGAGUUCUGGCCUUGCUUAGAGAUUCACUGGAACCCUCUGCUGCACUUGCAGUUUUCCAUUUUAAAUGAAGGGUCUCGAUACAAAGAGGAAAGAUGGGGGGGCAGAUCCAGAGCAACUCUAGCAGCUCGUUUACACUGCAGGGUGUGUGGCCCAUCCCCCUCUCUGACGACACUAUUCAUUUAAAUAGCUGUAGCACUUCUGUCCCAAAAUAAAUGCCUUUCGUUUGAAUAUUGAGUUCCUGUGAAAAAUGUAUUAAGGCUUUGUGAUUAUGAAUGGAGGAAGGGCUGAUUCAAAAUGUAUUUCUUCUAAAUUCUAGCAUCACUCUAUAUAUAAUGUACACAGGAAUAAUGUUUUUCUUAUAUAAUGGUGCUAUUGUGCCCUUGCCUUAGGGUUUUUUUUUUUCCUGGUGACUGACAGCUAAAACAUGGACUAGUGACUCAGUCACAUAAACAUUUUAUUCCCAUAUGAAACUGCAGUAUGGCUUUAUAAUUGGGUCAGUCUCACCAAAUUCACACUCGUUAUUUUUUCUUUUGUGUUCUGCAGAAUAUGGUUUGAAAAUUCAGUGUAGAUAUGAUUAGUAUUUUAACUGCUGUUGAGUAAACUUCUAAUGCAUUUUGAGACUUUGUCAAACAAUCUCAUUACUGUAACUGUAAAGUGUUCAAAGAUAAAAAUAUUUAUGGAGCUUUUAAAUUAGCAGAUUUGUAAAUAGAAAUCCACAAACAGGCCUAGAAAAUACCCUUUUUAAUUUUGUAAUUAAUUUUAAUUUAUUUCAGUACUGUAGCAUGUUUUGAACCUUUAAUUUUUAAGGUAGUUUUUUGUUAAAUUAUCAGAGUAAAUGUAUGAAGAGUACAUUUCACUUCAGUGUGAUAUCAAGAAUAUUCCCAAAAUAUUCCUGCUUUAACAUGAUGGUUGUUGAGGUUACGAUAAUGAGAUGGGUUCAAGUUACAAAUUUUCACCCCUUAAACAUAACAGCAAGUAUGUUUUGCUGUUAAAAAUAUUGUCAAUUUAUACUAAUUAAUUCAAGUCAAAUCAUUACAGACAGGUUAAUAGUUGGUUUGUGAGAGUGACCCAAUUAGACUGAUUAACUGGUAAAUUUAUGAAGAACACUGGUUCAAAAAUUCUCUAGAUUGCACAGAGCUAACAGAGAUUAGCACAAGUGUUCUUGUUUGAGUCCUAUCCCAGCUAAACUACUGCUCCAAAUCGGAGGCUGGUCAAUGUGCAUGGAGUCUCCCUGUGUGCUACCUGUGGCUUUUAUGAAUAUUUCCUGAUGAUUUAUCAGUCAUUCUGCAUUCUUCUUAAACACGUGCCUGUAAAUAUGCUGAGUUCUGAUACAGCUGGAUAGCAGAAAGACUGUACUUGGCUAAACCAAAUGGCACGUAUAGUUAAUGCACAAACUGCCAAAGACUGGAGUUUGCUAUCAGAACAAAUGCGCCGCAGUGAGUCGCACUUAAACCCUCUCUCCUGAAAUAGGUUUCUUGCUUCUACCUCAACGGAAAUCUGUAUCUCAUAAACCCGAGUUGUGAGAAUUUUCUGUGGCUUGGAUAAAAGUUUCUUUUUUCCUGAGUCUUGACGUACGAGUGAGCCUGGAAGACAAAGACAGUAGUGGAUUGAUGUUAUCUUCAGGCAUCGAAACAAGAUUACUGUGGUUGCUGCAGAUGGGUUGAUUGGUGCAUCUGACUCAACAAAUAUGAUUGAUACUAAUUCAAACUGACUACUUAAAUAAGAUGCCUUCUAAAACUUCAAAUUUAAACAUUGGCCAUUAAAGAAUUAUUUUUAUUUUUUUCCCAUAGAUAAAAUGUUUUAUCAUAGAGGCAUGAUCACCUUUGUUCAGUUUUCCUCUUGGAACAAGGGCUAAUGAUUCUCUUCAGAUGACCCUUUGAUUUACGUUAGUUUAAAAAAUUAGUGGAGUAUAAAAGCAUGUUUGCACACAACACGUGACACGUUUGGAUCAGAUGAGAUCCGGGUCACUCCAUGUUCCUCCUCACAAGCUUCUUGGCUAUUUGUGUGCAACAUCGUGAAAGCAGUUAGGCCAGUGUAAAACGUAACACUGUAGCAAGAAUGAAUUAAUAGUCUUGAUUGAUUUUAUGGCUAACCUACUUUGAUGAGGUACCAAUAAAAACUGUUAAAGCUAAGUGUUACAUAUUUACAAACAAUUCUAGGGAUUUUUUUUAUGAGAUGGCUGAACAAAUUGCACUAUCCUACCUGGGUGGGGGGGUUAGCUCUUAGCUGUGAGAUUCAUGGCAUUUUAUGCAAGCAGAUCCAGUUUCAUAGGCUUUCUCUACUAUGUAGUGAUGCAGAUUCUGGACUGUAGGCAACCUAGAUGAAGACAAAUUCUGAAUGCUAACUCUCACCACUGGGCCUCCAGCAUCUCAACCAUCUCAGCCCCGUAAAUUUCCACAGGAAAAAUAUAGCAAAUCAGCUUUGGAGAAGGUCAAGUUCGGUUAGCAAUGUGAACUCUGUGUGUUUGACACGGGACACAGAAAGUAAGGGUUUUAUGUUGCUUUGUUGCAUGUGCGAACAUUUCGUUGCACAAUGAUCACCUUUGUCUUUACUUUGGAUUUGCAGUGUAGGUCUUUAAAAUGGUCAAUAGACUCCAUAUUCUCCUUUUCAGAAUACCGUGUACAGAAGAUAUUUUGUUACAGAUGUAUACAAUUCCAAAGUGCAAUAUAUCCUCUACCAUUUUGUGGUUUGUUUUCUCCCAGAUUUCUCGUUCUGUAUUGCAAAGUAUAUUUGUGUUAUGCUUUUAUCAUCAUUAAUGAAUUACUUUCUGUGACUGGUAUGAAUUGCUUUAAAUACAUUUAAAGUAUAAAAAAACUACUGCAGAGCCUUUGUAUAUGUACUAUACUGUAAUUAGAUAUAUUUGUGUAACGAGAAACUACUGUAAGUUUUGUACUGUAUGGCAGAAAGUCUAUUCCAAAUAAAUAUAAAUCAGCUUUACUUUU